AUGGAUUUGGUGUUGCUGAAGAAUCCGCUCACCAUUAGCGCCAAGACGCUAAAAAUACUGAUAAACACAUACAAGGAGUAUACGAAAAAACCAGUUUAUUCCUCAGACGAUCAAAACGCCUACGAUGAAAGCGAGGAAGCCGCGGAUCAGAUAUAUCAAACGAUACAACAAAUCACUGUCGCAAAAAAUGAACUGAAAGCCAUUGUAGCUCAAAUCAAGUCCGAGUACGACAAAAUACAACUACCGGGUGCGAAAGAAGACUUCUCCGAUGCCUUGGAGAAACUCGAAAUCGAUACAAAUUUCAAUGAAAUUCUAGGCGCAGCAACAGAAAUGAUCUAUAUGCUUCAGAGCAGACUAACCGAAGUAACUAGCACCCGGAACAGACUGGGGCGCAAACUAGGACACAAUGUACCUGCACCACAAAACUACACAGCAAUCAUAAACGAAUUUUCGACUCAAAACAACAACGCUGAGCAAAAUGAAGUAAUCGAAGAAAAUGGAUGGGUAACAGAAGAUAGCAAUGAAAGCACCGAUGCAAAUAUGCAAACAAACCGGAAUGAUAGCACCGAGGCAAAUCAAGUACAAACAGUACAAAUACCAAAUAUCAAUACAGUACAAACCUGCGUUAAUGAUAAUGGAGCGAAUAACAACGGCGAUGCGCCAGACAUAGGUGUCGACGCUGCUAAUCCGCCAACAGGUCACCAAGACCCCCCGCAGAGUCGGCCGCCGAGACAAGCUACGAUAAAUGCGCGAACAAUUAUACGUAAUUUCGAACGAAGCUUGGAGGAAUCGGAUGAAACUGACGAAAGUUAUAGCAGAGCAUCAACUCCAAUACGCCAGAUGUUGUUUUCAGUUAUCACCGCAUUAUGCCUCAUCAAUCCAGUUGCAUCUGAUAGAUUGAUUUGCGAAAAAGGCAAUAUUAAGAUCAACAAUCCAAACACAACGUUCGAAUUAUGUAUGGAAAGCCUUUGUAGAUCCUUUCCGAAGAUGGCCAUCGCACAACGGGAGUGGUCAUUACCUCCAACGGCAUUAAAUAAAACCAUGUUUGUCUCCAUGAGGUACUUUCUGGAGGACCAAGAAAUCAUGGAACAGGCAUAUUGCGUACAGCCACAUAUAUGUGAUCAUUCGAAAGGAUUCCUAUCGAAAAAACUACUAGCAAACCCACAUUGUUGGCCAAAUGGUGCCAUAGCAUCCCUUGGAUUAGCGCUUUAUGCAAUCAUUGUAACAACUAUUAUGCUCUCCACCUGCAUAAAAAGGUUGCUAAUUCGUCCCGUACAAGUAACCGUUAACACAAGCGAUAAUGCAAGUGUGCGGUUACAGUUAUUUAGUCCGCCGACGAUCUAUAGAGCCGUGAACCUUGCCCUUGUGUGCAUACUGGCACUAACAGAUGCGGCAGCAGCCUGCCAAAACGGCCACAUACGGCAAGAAAUCGAUCUGAUAUGCACCAGCCAUAACAGCUGCUCUUAUGAGUACAAACGAGAAAUUCUAUUCAAUGAGUUGGAUUUGAAACUCUGCGUCAGCAUCAUGCAUGCCAAUAAAUCAGUUGGUCUGAUCGAAGUAGAACGAUACCCAACGAUAAUGAGAUGUGUGAAAAGAUCGUUAUACUUUACGAGAGAUGCGACGACCAAAGUAUUUAGCACUGUACGUUGCUCGCAGGCAGGGUCAUGCGUAAAUUCCAAAUGCUCACAGACGACUGUCAAUACGACAAUCAAAGAGCUUGGCAAAGCAUACCAGUUUCCAGGCUACUCCGGGUGUCAGCAUUCAUGCGGUGGACUCGGUUGCGGCUGUUUUCUCCCGCUACCAGCUUGUUCGUUUUAUCGGGUCACACAAAUCCCAAGAAAUGAAGAAAUUUAUGAAGUAGUAUCAUGUCUGAAGUGGGAACCGUUGGUGAAAUUAAAAGUCCGAGUAUCACUCUACAACCAAGAAAAAGAAACCUUGAUUACAAGCGCACCUUACAUCAAACACGCAUUUCAAGGAAUGGAAAUCUCGAUAAUUUCGGUACAAUCGCCGCACUUUUCCAUGCUAGACAGAAAAAUAGCAAUAUCAAAUAAAGAAGCUUUGCUUCUACCAGAAGGAUACGAACUAGCAGCUAAAUGCGCGACUUACCAGUCAGCAGCAAAAGAUUUCAAAACUUGCGCCAACCAAAUGAUAUGCUCAUGCGAAGACGCAAAUGGAGCAAUCAAAUGUCACUGCCCUCAAAUGUCUAUUAGAGACGUGAAAAAUGACAUUACAAAUGUAUUUCCCAUUCAUACUCCCUUCACUUCCUUCCAAAAACGAGAUAAGGAACUCUUCGUAAAAACUAUGCAAGGAGAAAUAGUCGUAUCGCUAGAAUCCCGCUCGCUGAAGAACAGCGCAGAAUAUCUACUAGAACAAGAUUGCAAACUAAACGCGAGCAGCGUGAUUGGAUGCUACGACUGUCAGGAGGGAGCUCAAGUGAACAUCAGUUGCACAACCAAUGAAAGAGCAUGGAUUGUAAUCCAGUGCGGGGAACACACAUUUUCGGUAGAGUGCAAUUCGCAAGGAACAGAAACUGCACUGGCAAUAGAAUUUCAAGAAGCAAUUGUGCAAGAAACAUGCGUAGCGCAAUGUAACAAUAAGACCAUCAAAUUUGACCUUACAGGUACACUCAGUUUUGUACCAGACAUUGUGGAACACAUGUUGUUCGAAAAUCCAGCGCAACUAAAAAAUUCCCACAAAGAUUGGUUUGCAGACUGGAAAGUUCCAAGUAUUUCACCAAUCUGGAAUACUCUCCGCAAACACUGGCAAGUCACUACAUUUAUAUUGGGAUCAAUAACCAUCCUCUCGGUCAUAACAUAUCUAUUCGGACCCGCAUUAAUCUUUGCACUGGCAAGAGUGCUCUACAUCUGCGCGGUAAUUAUCGCGAAGACAACUGCGUUGUUUAUUCAGACUGUAUACAAAUGUAUCAGAGCCGCCACGCACUAA